UUGCUGAUUUUUUUUUCUAGGUACACGAAAAUGAAGACUGCCACCAAUAUCUAUAUUUUCAAUCUUGCCUUGGCAGAUGCCCUAGCAACAAGUACUCUGCCAUUCCAGAGUGUGAAUUACUUGAUGGGAACGUGGCCAUUUGGUACCAUCCUCUGUAAGAUUGUUAUAUCCAUAGACUACUACAAUAUGUUCACCAGUAUCUUUACACUCUGCACCAUGAGUGUAGAUCGCUACGUAGCUGUUUGCCACCCAGUUAAGGCCCUUGAUUUCCGUACCCCCAGAAAUGCCAAAAUUGUCAAUGUCUGCAACUGGAUUCUCUCUUCUGCCAUUGGCCUGCCAGUUAUGUUCAUGGCAACUACUAAAUACAGGCAUGGCUCGAUUGACUGCACGCUUGCAUUCUCCCACCCUGCAUGGUACUGGGAGAACCUCCUGAAAAUCUGUGUGUUCAUCUUUGCCUUCAUCAUGCCAGUCCUGAUAAUUACUGUGUGUUAUGGGCUGAUGAUUUUACGCCUGAAGAGUGUUCGCAUGUUAUCUGGCUCCAAAGAGAAGGAUAGGAACCUGCGGAGAAUCACAAGGAUGGUUCUUGUAGUGGUGGCAGUGUUUAUUGUCUGCUGGACUCCCAUCCACAUUUAUGUCAUCAUUAAAGCCCUGGUCAACAUCCCAGAAACUACUUUCCAGACUGUCUCCUGGCACUUCUGUAUUGCUCUAGGGUAUACAAAUAGCUGCCUUAAUCCAGUCCUUUAUGCAUUUCUAGAUGAGAAUUUCAAAAGGUGUUUCAGAGAGUUCUGCGUCCCCACUUCCUCAACCAUUGAGCAGCAAAACUCCACCCGAAUCCGACAAAACACUCGUGACCAUGCUUCCACUGCCAACACUGUGGAUAGGACUAACCAUCAGUUGGAACUUCAAGAAGCUGAAACUACUCCACUGCCGUGACAGGGUCUCCUGCUGCAUGGCUCUCAAAGCAGUUGCACACCAGUGCCACGGUGUGUCUGGGCAGUAUGCUAUGGGAACGUGUAGGAUAUACUUUCCCUCAAAAAAAUACCACAGAGGAAAGCAUCUGCUUUUCCAGUCUGUCACAAAUUGCUUCUGCAGCACAUCUACUUUGCACAGAAUAGAAGCAUGAAAUAUAACAGCAAGCAGAGCCAAGAGAUACAGGGGCUUGCCAGGCUCCAGUGUUCAAAACAGUCAUGUUUACCAGGAAUACAUACAUAAGUCUAAAACACAGCUGUUGUACCUCUAGCAAUCUGACAUGCUCUUGAUAAGUUUACAGUGGUGUUAAAACAGGUUGGAAACAAAAAUUCAAAGGCUGGACAACUUACUUUGAAAAAUGAAAGUGAGCUUUUAAUGAUGAGAAAUGAUGUGAUAUGAAGUUUUAAUACUGUUGGGUACACUCUAUUUAUUCUUAAAAUUUGUAGAAGUGUUUCCUGUGCAGGUUAUUUGCGUGCUGAAGUCUAACAAGGUCAUCUAGAACAACACAUUUGCAGUUCAAGAGGUCUUCUCUUACAGGAUUGCAAUUUCAAAGGAAAAAUAUUUCUUUCAGUGAUCACUUAAAAAAACCCCCAAAACUCCAAGCUUCACCUUCUGUUUCUCAUGUAAGAAAAGAGUAAAAUCAAAACAACAAGCUAUCAUUUUUUCUAAAAGAGAUGAGUAAAUGAAAGUAUUCCAUGUUAUUGAUUGUCAAAUUAUCCCCAAAACACUACAUUACCAUAAAUUCCUUUGUGAAUAGAAAUGUAUCUAUAAGCCUGUCAAAGCUUGCACAGGCUGAUGAUGUCCUCUCUUUCAAGUAGUUUCUCAAAUUUCAAUUGCUCUGUCAGCAACAUUUUCAAUUUGUUAGUCAUCAACAGCCCCUAUGUGAAGUGCUUGGAGCAGUUAAUGCAUUAGUCCUUUUUUAAAAAACAAAUACAAAAAAAACCCGGACAAACAAACAAAAAGGUUACAUUUUGCUAGAUAUCUAUUUUUUCUUAACCAAACCUGUAAUAUCUUUGCUUUUCUAACUAGUGUAAUACAGUCUGCAUCUGCAUUUUGUAUUAGCUGCUAAAACACAUUAAGAUUUCAGGAGAGAACAUUGUACUGCAGUAAAUGCCUCCUUAGCUGUUUUCUAGUAUGAGAAAUAGAAAUAUCCAUGUAGAUAAUUUGUGGUGCGAUGGUAUUUUCUAGAUAUUGUUUGUUACUUGGUUUGUAAAUAAAUCAUCAGUAGUUAACCAGGGGAAAAUGUACUUUGAUGAAUUUAAGUGUAUUCUAAAAUACAACUCUAUGGAACAGGGAGGUUUUUUGUCUUUUUCUUUCUGCAGCCAAAAUGUAUUUCUUAUUUUAAUUGUUAAAAUCUAUGUAACAAUAAGCGUUUAAUGUGAAAUUGUUUCUGCCAUAGACUGCAUAAUAAAUAUUGAAGGCCAAAUACUUGCAA